AUGAAUAAUCAAGCAUUGAUAAGUAGACUUUGUCUAGAUGCAUGCGGUUUCUUAUAUCGUUUAUGGAAGUGUAGUUUUGAAACACAUCAACAAGUUGGAUUUCAUCGUGUACAUUUACAGACAAUUAUUGCUAUAUCAAAACUUGUAAGUGAACUAAGUCCCGGUUUUGAAGCAAGUUUAAGUCUUUUGCAUAGUUUAGCACAAACUGAUAUGCAAAGAAUUUCAGAAUCAACUUCGACAAAGUCAUUAACUACAACAGUAACAACAACAUCGUCGUCAUCAUCUGGGAAGUUGUUUUGGACUGAUUCAAAUAUUCGUUUAUUCUUAGAUGAUAUUGACGAUUUAAUUCAUCGUAUAUUAACUGUAUUAACUGCUACUGCUGAAAUGCGUCGACAUUGUGAUGACCCUGAGCGUAUAGUUGACUUACAAUAUGCACUAGCUAAAUCGUACAGUAGUAAUCCAGCAUUAAGACGUACAUGGUUAGAAGAAUUAGUCAAAUUACAUAUGAAUUCAAGAAGUUUCACAGAAUUAGCUAUGACUAAAUUACAUAUUGCUGCAUUAAUGGCUGAAUAUUUAAAACGUAAAGGUAUUUUAGAUUGUGAAUUUCCUCAAGGAUGUAAUGCAUUUAAAACAAUUUCAUCUAAUAUUUACAUAGAAGAAAAUGGAUUAAAAACAGAUUCUACAGUAUUAGAAAUUUCUUAUACACAAGAGAAUUUAUUAACAGAUUUGAAUGAAGCUGCAUUAGCACUAGAAUCUGCUGGAUUAUAUGAAUGUAUACAACCUGUGUAUAAUUUAAUUUUACCAGUAUAUGAAUCUAAAUGUCAAUAUAUGAAUUUAGCUCAAAUUUAUCAUCAUAUUGGUCGAACUUAUGAAGCAAUAAAUCGAAUUGAAUCUUAUGGACAUCGAUUAUUUGCCGCAUAUUAUCGUGUUACAUUUCAUGGUCAAUUAUUUGAAUCAAUGGCUGGCAAAUCAUUUAUAUAUCGUUCAAAUCCAUGUCAAAAAUUAAAUGAAAAAUGUGAUGAAUUAUUACAAUUAUAUCGUCAUAAAUAUGGUGAACAAUCAGUGGAAUUAUUAACUGAUAAUUUUAUUAAUCGAUCAAUAUUAGAUCCAAUGAAAGCUUAUGUUCAAAUUACUUAUGUUGAACCAUAUAAAGAAAUAAAAGAUUCUGAUAAAAAACCAUUAAGAUCUUAUGAAAAACAUCAUGAUGUACGACAAUUUAUGUUUGAAGCACCAUUUCUAGACAACCAGGUCGAUGAAUAUAUACAAAGUUUAUCUACGGAAGAAUGCCUAUUAACACCAGGUCCAAAACAAAGUGAUGAUUUAACUAUCCAAUGGAAACGUCGUACAAUAUUAACUACUGAAGCAACAUUCCCGCAUAUACGUCGUCGACUUGAAAUUAUACAAGUAACAGAGAUUGAUUUCACUCCAAUCGAUUCAGCGAUAGAUGCUAUUCAAUGUAAAAAUCAGGAAUUAAUGAGCCAUGUAAUAACUCUACGUAAUAAUCUGACCAUUUGCCAUUAUUCAGCUAAUCCAACAUUGAAUGAAGAUAAACGUGUCUCUAUCAAUAUGCUUAAUUUACAUUCACCUAUUGUAAUAACAAAUACUUCUUCAAACAUUCCUAAUGUCAUAACAUCAACAACAACAACUACUACUACUACCACUGCUACUAAUACUAUAAAUAGUAGUAUUAAUGGAAAUAAUUCAAAAAUAUCUACUUAUAAAAUACCAUUAUUAAUGGAUAUGCAAUUACAAGGUGCAUUAUUACCUACAGUGAAUGCUGGUCCAAUGGCUUAUGCUCAAGCAUUUUUAAAAGUGGAAAAUCAAUCAUUUUAUCCUAUCAGUAAAGUUAAUCGAUUGAAAGAAUUAUUUUUUGAUUUCUUAUCAACUUGUCUGGUACUUCUUACAUAUUAUUACAAUCUAAUGUCAAGUGUACAUGAAGCAAAAUAUCGUGCUAUGCGUGAUGCAUUAGAUCGUUAUCGAGUUGAUUUAAGUAAUUUAUUAAAAGAAGAAAUUAUUGUUAAUGAAAAAGAAUUAAGAAUUGGACCGAAAUCUUCAUCCUCUUCAUCUUCAACAACAUCGUCUUCAUUCACAAUGAAUCAUAUUCAUUGA